AUGCUUCUCGGUGAAAAUUGUGUCCACGAGACGUACUACGAGAUUCUCUCCGUGAAAGAAGAUGCGAGCUACGAAGAAAUUCGUAAUAGCUAUCGUUCUGCGAUCCUCCAUUCUCAUCCAGAUAAGCUUAACAGUUCUCGUUGUAGCUCAGACGAAAAGUUUCUGAAGAUUCAAAAAGCGUGGGAAAUCUUAAGCGAUGCAGAGCUACGUGUAGUUUACGACAAUGAUCUUCGUUCUUCGAGACAGGACGGAAUCACUGCCGAUGAGAUUAGCAUUGAGGAUAUGUCGGUGGAGAUCACUGGAGAAGUGGAAAUGAUGGAGCUUUAUUAUCAGUGUAGGUGCGGUGAUUACUUCUCUGUUGAUUCUACUGAGCUAGAGACAAUGGGGUUUGUGCUGUUGAGAGAUGGUGAUUUUGUUCAAGUUAGGAGAUUGGGUGCUUUUGUGGCAUCUGUUGUUCUUCCUUGUGGAUCUUGUUCUUUAAAAACCAGAGUUUUGGUCAAUUCGGAUAUGAGGGUUCCUCUCUGA